AUGCUCUUCGCUACCGAGGAGCUGGCGCUCCCCCGCACCAGCACCGACAGCCCGGUCUUCAACGAGGCGGACUUGGUGGCGGCGACGGCGGUAGCCGGGGCGAGCAGCCCGACAGUGAUUGAUGGCGGUGGCGGCGGUGACGGCAACGGCGGUGGCGGCGACGGCGGCGGCGGCGGCGGCCGCGGUGGCGGCAACGGCGGUGGCGAUGACGGCGGCCCGGCGCCGCCCUCCUCGCCGCAGGCGGCCGACACCCUGCCGCCCUCUUCGCUGCUGAAAGCACCCCACACGCCGGGGCCCGGCCGAUCGCCGCCCGGCGGCCCGGCCGGCACGCCCACCCAGCCCGGCGUGACGUCCCCCGCGGCGGCCAGCUUCCCCCCGCUGGACAUCCUGCUGGCCGGCCAGCGGUGGCUCCACUGCAUUGUGGUGGUCACCUUCGACCUGGAGCUCGGCCAGUCCAUCGAGGCCAUCUACCCGCCGGUGCAUCUGUCCGAGCGAGAAAUGCUCAACAUCUGCUUCAACGCCUUUCCCGACUCGAACUCCGUGUCGGCCGAGGCCGACAUCGAGUUCACCUUCCGCAUGCGCCACGACUCGUGGUUUCGGCCGGUCCGGCACCCGAGCGUGGCCGCGGAGCCGCCCCCGGAGGACCCUGGGCCUGACGGCGGCCCCGGCCCCGGCCCCUCGGCCCCCGGGGCGGCCCCCGCCACCUCCCCCACCGAGGCCGGCCCCCCGCCCGGCAUCCCGGUCUCCGACUCGGAGAUGCCGCACAUCCUGACGGUCGUGGUGCCGACGGCCCCGGGGCCGGAUGCCGGCCCGGGCCCCGGGCCCGGGUCCCUGGCCUCCCGGCCUCUCAGCGCCCCGGCCUCCACCGCUCGGCACCCGGGCCCGGGGGACGGCAUGGCGGGCGUCCUGCCGGGCGCCUCGGCCCCUCGGCCCCCGGGGCCCGGGUCCAUCCAUGCCCCCUCGCUGCAUGGGGCGGUGCUCUUCCGCCAGCGCAAGGACGCUCGUCGCCGGCGUGGCUACCUGCAAAAGUCCAUCGUCGUGCUGGCCCGCACGCCGGGGCAUCUGGGCCUCAUGCGCCUGCUGGCCCGCAUGGUGGCCACCGUCUACCUGCAGGUCAACUCCGACGAGCAUGACCAGCGCAUCCUCCAGUCCGGCGUCCACCCGGCCGACGCGGCCCGGCUCCUCCCGGCCCCGGACCUGACCGCCGGCGGCACUGGCGUCCUUGAGACCGCCUGGUGGGCCAUUGCCCGGUGGCCCCCCCCUUCGGCCGCCUUUUGCCGCGGCAAGUCCCUCAUCAGUCAGCAUGGCGUGCGCCAGCCCGUGUCCCUGGAGUUGCCCUUCUUCGGGUCGCUCAUCCACUACCGGCCCCCUUGGUACUCGGCCGACGGCCUGCCCGGGGAGAUGCCCCUCUCCUAUGCGGAGUUCGUGUCCUCUCACGACGCGUCCGACCACCAUGUGACCGACUAUACGGACAUCGUCCAGGCUGCCUCGGUGGCCGCCCUGGCCGCCGGCAAGCUUGGCGCUCGCGACACGCGGGCCUUCAGCGCCGGCCCGCAGGAGGCCAAGAUCCGUCUGGAGUCCGCCCAAGUAUACUCCCUGCGCGACUACCAUGCCAGCUUGGCCCUCUACCUUGCCCGACAUCGGCGGCCGCUGGCCAGCAAGUCCUCCUCGCCAUGGUGGGACCCUCUGUCGCUGUCGUCCUCCUCCUCGCUGUCGUCCAGCACGACCGCCUCUUCCGGCGCCCCGUCCACCGUUGCCUCGACCAGCGGAUCCUUCUCGACCUUGUCGCUGGCCGGCGGCACGGCCGGCGCCCCGGCGGCAGCCGGCGAGCCCGCGGUCACAGUGACCGCGGCGCCGGCCGCCUCGGCCACCGCCGCCAGCACCGCGGCCCUUUCUUCCUUCCGCAUGAGCAGCCACUCCGCCGGGGGCCUGGCCGAAGGGCUGGAGCCGCCCGCCGGGCCGAUGCCGGUUGAUUUGCUGGCCUCGCUGGCUUCCAAGGCUGGGUCCGGGGCCGGCGGCCAGCCGGGCCCCCCCGUCGGCCAGCCGGCCGCCCUCCCGCCGGCGCCCUCGCCCCUGUCCUUGUCGAUGGCCACGCCGCCGGCCCCGCCGGUGCCGGAUCUGGCCUUCUCCCAUGCCCUGCCCGUGGGCGACCUCUACCUCCUGUGGCAGCUGGUCCUGACGGCCGAGCCGUUGGUCGUGUGCGGCGCCGACCCGACAGCCGUGUCGGCCGUCGUCCGUGGCAUGGUCGGCCUCAUCGGCGAGGAGCUCGGGGCCUCGGGCGACUCGACGUGCGACUGCUUUGCCUGCUUGCGCGGGACGCCGGAGCAGCCACGUCGCGCCGGGGCGCCCGGGCCCGGCCCCGGCGGCCCGAGUGCCCCGCCGCUUGCCUACAUCGGCGACUACCGGCCCUACUUCACGCUGCAUGAUUCGGCCUUCGCCGGGCUGGUACCACCGCCGGGGACCGGCUCCCCGGUGGCGGUGCCCACAUCCGGGUCCCGGCCCGGCGCGAAGGCCCUCAUGCCCGACCCCUGGUCCUUCAGCAUGGGCCCCCUUGACAGCUGGACCCUGUGUGUGCGAUCCGACGAGUGGUGGUCCAGCUGGCCGGAGUCGGCCCCCGGGCUGGCGAACCCCGGGUCCGAGGUGGAGAUCCAGGCCCUGGCGGCCGCCCUGCUGGGUGGCGGCGGCGGCGGCGGCGGCGGCGGCGGCGGCGACAUGGGCCCCGGCUCGGCCGCCUCCUCGCCCGGGCCGGCGGCGUCGGCCUCCUCCCCGGCGUUGGCUGUCGCCGGGGCGCCUGCCUCGCCCGGGGCCUCCUCGUCGCCCUCCAUGCCGCUGGAGGGCGGUCGAAUGGGCCCCGGCCCGGCGGGCGCCUCCUCUCGGGGGUCCGUGGCGGCGGCGCUGUCGAUCUUGCGCCCGGGCAGCCCGAGCCGGCCGCCGGCCGUCUGGGCGGUCGGCGUGGCCCCGGCCCCGGGGCUGACCAUCCCCGGCCUCCCGCGCAAUGGGCUCCCCGUGUCGUUGCCGAUUCUCUGUUCGUAUGCCGGGCCCGGCGGCACGGCUGCCGGCGGUCCGGCCGGGCCCAUUGCCGGGGAUCCGAUGUCGGGGCUGGCCUCGGCCGGGCCGGGCGCCGGGCCCGGCGCUCCUGCCUCGGGCACUUCGCACCUGGUGCCGGCCCUGGCCGGGCCCGGGUGCUCGGCCAGCGCCACGGCCGUCCUCGGCCGGGCCGGCCUCAUCCUCGGCAUCACCAAUGCCCACUUCAAGCUGAUGUCCCUGAGCCAGCCGGGCGGGGCCACCCGCUGGCCGCAUGUUCUGCAUUUGCCCAAGGGGGCCACCGGGCCGCACUUCGACCCGGGCCUCUGCGGCGCCGAGCCCUUCGCCUUCACGGCCUCCUCCGGCGGGGCGCUGGCCGGGCCCGGCACCGGGGGCGUCUUGGGUGCCGGGGGCCCGGGCGGCCCGGGCCCCGCCGGGGCCCCAGCCACCCCGCUGGCACCUGGCCCCGGGCCCGGGCCAAGCACCGCCGGCAGUCCGCCCAAGCUGACCACCACCGCCCGGCGCUAUGUCAGCCGGUGUCCCUUCCUCACGCGGGCGGUGACCGAUCCCACGGUGUCCGACGCGCACCUGGACAAGCUCAUUCGGUCGCACUUCCACCGGCUGACGCGGCUGUUCCUCCGGGCCAUCGACCGCUAUGUGGCACUUCUGGCCCCCCCGGCCGGCAGCUCCGCGCCAUAUCGGCCCUGUCCUCGGCCGCGGCCCUUCGAUCGAAAGGCCUUCAUGACGGCCGUGCGCGACCUCGGUGCGUCUGCCCCGGGGCCUCCCCGGCCGGCCUUGUUGUUUUUCUUUUCCCUCCCUGUGAAGGCAAGCUCACCUCCUUCCCCUCGGAGAGGGGGGGACGAUACUUGGCGGCCAUGGCAGCCAUCGAGUUCCACCCCCUAUCCAAGACCGGCUGGCGUGCCCUUUAUGCCUCGUUCCUGACCACCGCGCAUGGGAUGGCCUGGCUGCGGGCCCGGUGGCGUGCCCUGGCCUGGAGUGUGCGCCUCCGCUGGUUGGAAAGCCUUGUGGCGUGGUCGACAGAUCGCGGCUCGGAGGGCUUCGAGUCAUGGCUUGCCGACCCGCUGACCUUCGUCAAGACCCCCGGGCCCGGGGGCUCGAGCCCGGAUAUCGAGCGCAUGGCCCUGCUCCUGCGCCUGGAGGCGGUCCUCAACCAUCCCCCCUCGCGGGCGGCCAUCGGCCCUGAGGGCGCCCGGACCGUGGACAAUCUGUGCGACCGGAUCCGCCUGCGCCUUAACAGCAGCAUGGGCCGCCUUUAGCGACUCCCGACCGGCGGGGCCCGGGGAAUGCUCCCUCCCCUCGCCCUUGUCUUUCCCACAUUCUUCCCUCAUGGGCGUCUUUCUUGUGUUACUUUCCUCCUCCUCCCCUGCCACCUCCCGGCGCCCCAUAGCCGCAUAACCAUAGACUUCCCGUUUGGCUCC